GGCUUAUGCACUUGCAGGACCCAUGCGCGAACAAGGCUAAUAGAUCUGUUUCAUCCAUGUCCCAAUGAGGAGGGCAUGCGAGGUUCGUUUGCUGUUGCGCGAGAGGGUCCUUGCGGCCAAAGAAAGCCUGUAUAUGUACCUAGGCACAGGUAGUGGCACCAAGCUAACAGCCCGUGUAUCCUGCCAGGACACUCAUUUGCCGCUCUUCAUGUGCAUGGCGAUUGGUCACAUCCUCUAGAAAUUGCUCAUAAACACUUGAGGAGACCCCCCAUUUUGGCUGUCCCGUCCCCAAGUCAUUAUGCUGCGUUUACCAGUGGAAUUGCUUACCAGAAUUGCCUUAUACCUUGACCCAUACAUUGAGUCUCUAGACGAACCCUUCUUCGAAAUACAUCCAAACGCUUCUCAAAGAAAUCGCAAGGACAUCUAUGCUUUUUGUCUCAUUUCUCGAGAAUGCCGAGCUGUUGGGCAACAAAUUCUUUAUCGAAGUGUACGGAUCGAGUCAACGAAACAUGCGAAAACCUUGUCAUGUACACUGCGGAUGCAUCCUGAGCUCCCCACGAAAGUUCGCAGGCUGCAAUUGACAACAACAAAGACCGAAAACGAGCCAGAGUUAAUUCCAGGAUUCCUUUCCGUAAUGUCAAACGUAGCCAUGCUCGAUCUCAACGUGCAGUGGAGCGGACAGCCGACUUUUGCGCUUGACGCCAUCACUAAGCCAUUGAACGCCGAUCCCCUUCAGCACGUUACAACGUUACAACUUACCGGUGACAUGCUCGCAAUCCUAUCCUACGAACUUCCGUGCCUAUCAAGGCUUUGGCUAAAAGAGCUUCCGGAUGAACUACCGAACAUCCAAAGAAGUCAUGAGAUUGGGUUCCUAGGGAUCGAGGCCCCUCUUCGAUCAACAGAACCCGUGAGUUAUAUGAACGAACCCGGCCCUUGGUGGAGUAGUUUCGAAAGAUUGGGGUGUGUGCAAGUAAAGGAGCUCGAGGUUUUCUUUCACAGCGUCGACCACGAACUUGCCGGCAUGCACUUUACCGGUCAGUAUCUGAUAGACCAGGUACACAAACUGUGGCCGGAUCUUCAGAAGCUUGACAUCAAGCUGGACAGUCACAUUUGGUUCGAAACAACAGCUUCAUUUCAACGCUUUGAGUCUCUUACGCACCUGAGUGUCCCAUACCAUUUGCUUCUGGACGAACACUGUGAUAAGAGCAAAAAUAGUCUACCCUAUGGCCUUCAAGAGUUAGAAAUCAUCUUAGAAAUUUCCGAGUACGAAGUGACAUACUCUGAGGCUUUCAGAGAGGAUAGUCUGAAUUUUCAAAUUUUGCACCGACCAUUAAGAGCAAGUAUGGCUGUGUUGACGAACAGAAAUUUGAUUUGGAAAACAUUUUGUCAAUUAUUUUAAAAAUGAAAUUGUAAAUUCGAGAAACAAGGAACGGGAGGUAUAGAACAGAUU